AUGAUUAAUAUACAUAAUCUCUCAAAUAUUCAAGAUGAACUCUAUCAACUCUAUACUUGGGUUGAUGCUGUUCCAUUUUCAAGACCAAAAAAAAAUAUUGCUACUGAUUUUGCAGAUGGAAUUUUAAUGGCAGAAGUUGUUCAUCAUUAUCUACCAAAACAAGUCGAUUUAUAGAAUUAUUCUUAAGCCAAUUCUUUUUAAUCUAAAUUAUCAAAUUGGAAUACUCUUAAUACAAAAGUAAUAACUACUCAUUCCAUUUAGAAUAGGUCUUUUAGAACCUAGGUUUUCAAUUGACAUAAAAUGAUAUUCAAUAAGUUAUCUCUGCACAAACCGGUGCUAUUGAACGAGUUUUAAAGAUCAUAAAAGAAAAGAUUAUUAAUUAUUAAGAUAAUCAAACUGUAGAACCAUUAAAAUCAUCUGCCACCAACACUUCUAUUAAUAAUAAUCAAUCCACAAUAUAAGAUUUAGAACAAAAAAUAGAAGAUUAAAAAGAUAUCAUAGCCAUUUUAGAACUUAAAAUUAACAAACUUUAGGACUUAAUUAAACUAAAAGAUGAUAAAAUAUAGACAUUUUCAUCAAAACUUUAGCAAUUAGGUGUCAGGUUUUGA